GGCCACGCCCUGUUAUUUGAGUCGCACGCUAUAGGCCACGCCCCUUGUCCGCUCCGGUUUCUCCGGGUAUUUGUGUGGUGUCACUGAGGACUGACGGCCCGCGCGCUCACCUGAAGCAGACGGAGAGGGUUAGAAAACACAGCACGAGUUGAGAUUGUGCUUGAUGUUUGAAUGAUGAAGAAGAUCUACUCAAUGUUCUCCUCUCUCCAGGACAAACUGCACAGAGACAAAGGUGAAAAGAAAGCGUUGACCCCUGCCGUAGAUGCUCCGCCACCUUUUGAGUGCACACACACACUUGGGCGGCCACCAUUUUUUGAGUACCUGGUGGUGGUGAGUGUGAGAAAGAGGAGCAGUGGGGAUGAAGGCUAUGAGCCACAGAUCAUAUAUCAGUUCCCUAAAGCCAUCAGCCAAUCACAGCGUGAGAAGGAGGAGCUCUGUCUCAAGGCCAUCACACUCUUCUGCUUCCCUGAGGGGGUCAACUGGGCCCCACUGACUGAGUACCACAGUGAGACAUUUUCAUUCGUCUUGACUGACAUGGAUGGUAGCAGGAGGAACGGUUACUGCAGGAGACUGCUGCCGUUAGGUAAAGGAGCACGCCCCCCAGAGGCCUACUGCAUCAUCAGUACCCUUGCCUGCUUCAGCCUCUUCUCUAAGAUCUUUGAUGAGGUUGAGAAGAGGCGUCAGAUCUCCAUGGCGAUGAUUUAUCCAUUCAUGCAGAGUCUCAGAGAAACACCGUUUCCUGCUCCGGGACAAACCGCCACAAUCAAGAGCUUCAUCCCUGAGUCUGGGACAGAGAUGAUCAGUCUGACUCGUCCAGUGGAUUCCUGGUUGGAACAUGUUGAAUUUCGCUCGUUGUUUCACUGUUUAUCAGAUGAAGAGGUUCUGCAAGUUUUUGCUGCCACUUUGCUGGAACGACGAAUCAUCUUCAUCGCUGAGGAGCUCAGCACUCUCUCUCAGGUGUUACAUGCUGUUGCUGCUCUGCUCUUCCCCUUCAUCUGGCAGCACACGUUCAUCUCCAUUGUUCCUAAAGUUCUCCUGGAUGUGUAUUUAGCACCAACGCCGUACCUCCUUGGUAUCCAGAGGAACCUGCUGCACCUUCUCUCUGAGCACACUGAUCUGCUUAUCGUUGAUCUGACCAGCCAAUCAGAGAGCAAGUUUAUCACCAGAAUCGGAGACGAGGACACGUUGAUCCCGAGCAGACUGCAGGAGGAGCUGCUACAGGAUCUCUGCAAAAGGAAACACAACCCUACUGCAGAGGAGAUGAACAGCGUAGUGUCUGAAGCCUUCAUCAGCUUUUUCGUGAAAACUGUUGGACAUUUUGCAGGUCAUAUCAAGCAUCAUGGAGGAAACAAACAGUUGAGAACAUUCCAGAAAAAGAGCUUCCUUAAAGCUGUGGAGUCCAAGGAGAACCGGAACUUUGUCAGACAAUUCAUUCAGACACAGAUGUUCGACUUGUUCAUCCAAGAGGAGGAGAAACACCACAACCAUGAAGGAUUUUUCCAUAAGAAAAUUUUGGAAUUUCAGCAAAGAAGAAAGGAGCGUCUGAGGAAUGGAGGAGCGAAGGGGCUUGUCGUAUGAAACAGAGAGAGAGAGAGAGAGAGUGUGUGUGUUUUAAACUUCAUUAAUGCACAAACCUGUAAACAAGGCUUUAAACAGUAUAAAAAUAAGAGUUUAUUUGUCUUUAUGUUUUAAAAACAUACAAUACUGACUGUGUCUUAGCUGCUUGUUGACUGAAAAUAAACAGGUGGUGUAAAAUAGAGGCAGUAAAAUAAAGGCAGUGUCAGUGAUGUGAUUAGCAGUAGUAAGAGAGAGUCCACAGUCGCAGGCUGCUGGUCACCAUAAACAUCUGAUCAACACUGAACCUUGUGCUAUUCAUGUGUUCACUUUGCAGCUUGUACCUGACUUUUUUUUAACUGAAAAUAAACAGCAUGGAAAUACUAAUGUGACUAAUAAGUGAAAUGUUAAACUAAUUAUUAUUAAAUUCUCAUUUUACUAAUAAAUGUUUUCCAGAUUAA